AUGCCGCCAAAACGCACCCUGGAUGCCUUCUUCACUUCGCUUCCAAAGAAAAAGCGGACCGGAGAACAAAUCAUCAGUGAAGAAUCCGGGAAAUCUGAACAUGUAUCGUAUCCUCAUCCAAUCUCCAAUUUGCCCUCCUCUGUUUCCAGAGAGCUCUUGUCUCCUCCAGCAAGACCGGGCAAAGAAAUCAGUGAUGGCUCGAAACUCGACCUGCUGUACUUUGACCCGUAUAUACCCCAAGACGUGGCAAAAGAACUUUUUGAGUUUUUGCGUCUCGAGCUACCCUUCUACAGGGUUGAAUACGACAUUCAACGCGGGGGAACGCAGACACACAUCAAGACUCCUAGAUGGACAACUGUAUUUGGCGUUGAUGACACUUCGUUCUUUGACCACAUGGGCAUCAUUAUAGACAAGACGUCCUGUAUCAAGGCGAAUGACAAGCGCUAUGACCGAUACCCUCCUCGGCCAAUACCGAGAUGCCUCGAUGACCUCAGAAAGUCCACUGAAGCAGCAACCGGCUGCAAAUUCAACUUUUGCCUCGUCAACUAUUAUGCCUCUGGAGCCGACAGCAUCUCUUUUCAUAGCGAUGAUGAGAGGUUUCUCGGCCCAGAUCCCGCCAUUGCAUCGUUCUCUCUGGGCGCCCGGAGGGACUUUCUCAUGAAGCAUAAACCCUUUCCACCUGGCCAGCAAGCUGAAGCAGAAAAGGGCGCCAAGCCAUUAAAGCUGGCCCUCGGUAACGGCGACAUGGUAUUAAUGAGGGGGAAGACCCAGUCUAACUGGCUGCAUUCCAUUCCGAAACGCACCGGUAAGAAUCAGGACGAUGGUGGGCGCAUCAACAUCACAUUUCGGCGAGCCAUGGUCAAAGGCGGCACUGAAAACUACUACAAUUACAAUGUUGGCACUGGACCAGUGUUUCGAUGGGAUAGAGAGAGCCGCCAAAUGUUGCCCUGGGGCAACAAUAAGUUGACUGAAAACCGUGACGUCAGUUUCACGUCGCGCUUCUACUAA